AUGGCAGGCAGUUGGAACAUAUUCAUCGGCUUCGUCGUCAUUGUCCUGGCCUCCGUUGCAGCCUGGUUCUUAUCUCCGAAGGGCGAGAAUCAAACUGUCUGGCGCAGCACCUUGAUCCUCUCCUUCGCCAGCUGCUACAUCAUGUGGGCUAUCACCUUCCUCGCGCAACUACACCCUCUCAUCAACCCCAAAAGAAGCGAAUUGAGGCCGGAAUAUGCGUCGCAUUGA